AUGGAUGCUGACAAGAUUUUUUCUCAGGCUUCCAAUUUUGUUGAUGAAAUUAAUGCAGAUGAGUCAACUAAAAAGGUUACUAUGAUCAGCAAUGCUGAAGAAGAAUUGAAUCAAAUAAAAGAAAUAAUAGAAAAAAAUUACAAUGAAAUAAAGCAUGAUAAAGAUAAAAUCGACAAACAAAAGGAAAAUAUGGAAUAUUUCAUCAAAUAUAUUAUCGCUUUUGAGAAUAAAGAAAAACAACAACAGCAAAAUUAA